AUUUAACAGCCUCGAUAUAACAUUGACAUCCGAGUGAAAGUUGAAGAAAUUUGUUAGGUAGCAAAAACCUCCAGAAAACGGUGGAAAAUGUAUUCAGGAAUGCCUGGAGGAGGUCCUCAAACAAAUUCUGUAAGACCAGAACUGCUUGAGGAAGUAAAACUUCAUACAACAGGAAGAGAAAGAGAAAAGUAUGACAACAUGGCAGAGUUAUUUGCAGUCAUUAACACAUUGCAAUGUCUAGAAAAAGCAUAUAUCAAAGAUGCUGUCACGCCUAAAGAAUAUACAGCUGCUUGCUCAAAACUACUUGUCCAGUAUAAGGCUGCAUUCAAGCAGGUUCAAAGCGAUAGAUUUCCCACAGUCGAAGCAUUUACGCUGGAAUACAGGUUAGACUGCCCUGCAGCACUAGAACGAAUAAGAGAAGACAGGCCUAUCACCAUUAAAGACGACAAAGGAAGUACAAGUAAAUCAAUUGCUGAUAUCGUUUCGCUGUUCAUUACCGUUAUGGACAAACUUCGACUGCAGAUCCGUGCAAUGGACGAGAUACACCCUGAUAUGAGAGAACUGCUUGAAACUAUGAACAGAUUGAGUAUCCUACCAGAAGAGUUCGAGGGCAGAAUCAAAGUACAAACUUGGCUGACUACAUUGGCUGACAUGAGAGCCAGUGAUGAGCUCACUGAAGAACAAGCCAGGCAAAUGAUAUUUGAUCUCGAACAGUCAUACAAUGCAUUCAACAGGCUGCUUCAGCACACGUGAGCACAAGCCAUCGAAUUCGAACUUUAUAUACUUCUUAUGAUAAGUUAUGUUGCACUCGCAAGAACAAAUAUAAACCAGUUUACUGUACCCAUACUGGACGUACUGGGGUUUAAAACAUAAAUAACGCCCUCACAUCCUGUCUUGAACUACUAACGAUUGGUUAGACAAGAAAGCUUUGGCUCGUUUAUAAUUUCACACCGCUUAGUGUUGCAGUGACUUUUCUUAUCACAUUGAUAAGAUUUAAAACGAAGAUCUGCUUCUUUUCAUCCCUUGAAAGCAAGCUUUUAUGCCAUACAUCCAUGUAAAGUGCAGUAUGAUAUUUGUCUUUCAGAUGGGUACCAUCGCUAGGCUUUAUAAGUAAGAGCAAGCCUAUGUUUCUCUGUAUCUAGCAUAUCUUCCAUUCUCAUAAAUCUACGUCAGAGUUAUAUGUUCGUGCCUGUAUGGUUUCCGUUGCUGUUAAGACGUAAAACGCUUCCUUGUAUGUUGUAAUCCAAUGUUCCAAUAAUACAUAAUUUACUGAUUGUUCA